UUCACUGUUCUAGGAUAACGGUACGCGUAACCGUUUUUUCAUUUCGGGUUUCCAUUUCAAACCUCAAGUGGUUCAAGUGGGUGGAUUUGCCUCCUAAAAAUAGUGCAAUUUUGUUAGUUUUUGACGUUUCACCGUACUUGAAAGCGUGUGAUUAAUCGACCUGUGUCAAAAAAUGCAUUCGUCGUUUCAAGUGAUGAUGGAUCACCGUUAUUGAGAGAGUUGGUUUACAAUUUUGAGGUUAGCAAAUUGGGAGGAUUAAACUAAAACAUAAACAAACAAAUAAGAGUACAAGUUACACAAAAAUGUACAAUAAAAUGGCCAACUUUGAUGCCCCGACGGAGGGAGAUUUGUGUCAGACAGUUUGUGAGUCGGAUCCCUAUUACGAUUCACCGGGCCAUCAUUACUACACCCAGCUCUAUCCGGCGGAUUCACAAAAUUCAGGCUCACACGUGCUAGCCCUUCCGGAGGAGGAAGGAUACUGGGGAUCGCCGUGCAGUUCCAGCGGGGAGUCGCCGGAAAACCGAGGUGGUGAAUAUUCGCCGGUGCUGUCCUCGCACUCGGGUCAGGAGGAAGGAUCACCAUAUGGACAGUACCAUCAUCAUCCCCAACACCAUCACCAGAACGGGAGCAAUCAUCUGCACAACAAUGGCGAUCAUGGUCAACAUCAGCAGGUGUACUGCCCGGUUGGAUACGACAAAGCAAGUUACAUCUGCGACGAGGGCUACUACGGCAUCCCGACGGGCACCUCAAUCUCAUCCACCAGCAACGGUUCCGGCGUUGGUCUCAGUACAGCAGAUUCGCUUCUGUCCAUCAACAGUGGCAGCGGAAGCAUCAUUACCGGCUCUUCGCUGGUCAGUUCCGGCGGCGGUGGCGUCCCGGUGGUGCGCGUUGUCAAACGACGAAAUACUGCCAACAAGAAGGAGCGCCGCCGAACGCAAAGCAUCAAUUCGGCGUACACCUCCCUGCGGGAUCGGAUCCCUAAUGUUCCGAACGAUACUAAGCUGUCUAAGAUCAAAACUCUGCGGCUAGCGAUUUCCUAUAUCGCCCAUCUGCUGGCGGUCGUGAACGGAAAUCAAGAUCCAUCCUGCGACUUCCGGGCAGAGCUGGUUCCGUCCUCGAGGAAAAUCAACGCAGAACGAAGGGCCCAGAAGAGUAUGAUGCAAAACCUGGCUAACGAGGGCAAAAAAAUCAAGGGACGCACGGGAUGGCCCCAGCACGUUUGGGCCUUAGAAACUAAAACCACCAUCAAAUAAGUCAACCGAAGACUGGGUCAACCAAAACUAUGGACCAGAUCAUCAGCAACAACAAACCUAACGUGAUAUUCGAAGCCAAAGAAUCGUAACUUUCUAGAUUGUAAAUAAUUUGAUCCCGAAAAAAACCUAAACAUCCACAACCGGAUUGUUUGCUAUUAUUAAUUCGAAGAAUUUCUCCACUUCUCUAAAUAAAC